AUUCUCCACACCACCCUAGAGAGAGAAAUUGAGAGAGGAGAAGAGUUAGAGGAGAGGGAGAGAGCCCAUCAAGUAUGGAGCACUCCACCUCCAAGGCCACAGCUCUUCUCCUCACCUUCAUGCUCUUCCUCUCUUCUAUCACUCCCAUCGUGUCCUGCGGCUACUGCCCGCCGAACCCUAACCCUAACCCUAAGCCCCCCAAGUCGAAGCCCCCGAAGGGGGGCCCGGUCAUCGUGAAGCCGCCGAAGGGGCCGAAGACGCCCCGCCCCCCCAAGACCAGGACGCCUAAGGGCCCCAUUACCGUCCCGCCGAUCGUCGGUCCUCCGAGGGUUCCGCAGCUUCCCCCCAGGCCACCCAUUGUUCUCCCUCCGAUCGUCGGUCCCCCCGUCCCUCCGGUUAUCGGCCCCCCGGUCCCUCCGGUUGUCGGACCCCCGACGACUCCCUCGCCAGGGUCUGGAGCCACCCCCUGCCCCCCUCCGCCUGUAACGCCGGUGACCCCUGCGCCACCGGCGUCGUGCCCCGUGGACACUCUCAAACUAGGAGCAUGCGUGGAUCUGCUGGGGGGGCUGGUGCACAUCGGGAUCGGGGACCCGGUGGUGAACAAGUGCUGCCCGCUGCUGGAGGGGCUGGUGGAGAUUGAGGCGGCCGUCUGCCUCUGCACCACCAUCAAGAUCAAGCUGCUCAACAUCAACAUCUACCUCCCCCUCGCCCUCCAGCUCCUCCUCACCUGCGGCAAGACCCCACCUCCGGGCUACACUUGCACCAUUUGAAUCACUUAGACUUGCAUGCACACACGCAUGAGUUUUAGGUUCUUUGGAUGAACGCACCGGUGGUGAUUUUAAGGAGGGAGAAAAAUGGUGUGGGGUUUAGUUGAUGUGUGACAUGAGAGGAUGUCCAAGUUGCUAAAGCGUUCUUGUUUGUCCCCAAAGAAUAAAAAAAAAAAGCCUUUUGAUUUUAUUGCAAUUUUGUUUUGGUGCAGUGCAAUUGUCCAAUAUGUUCAUGUAAUCAUGUAUUUUCGUGUUUUUCAAAUUGGUGAGCAACUGUAGUUGUGUCCUCGUUUAAUGGAUUAUUUGUUUGCUUCUA